AUGAGUCUGUAUGAUUUUCUUCUUAUUAAUAUUGGUAUACCUCAAUUAAGUCCUUAUUAUGUUCCAUUAUGUCGAUUUCGAACAUUUAUACUCAAUUUUACUCAAACAACAUCAGCUUGGCUCUUAGUAUGUACUGGCAUCGAUCGACUUAUUCGUGCUCGUUUACCACAUCAAACAAAACGAUGGUGUACAAGAAAAAAUGUUAUAAUAGUUAGUGUCAUUAUUAUUCUAUUUUCAAUAGCAUUUAAUAGUCAUGUUCUUCAACAAUCUUUUGGAGUUGCAUUUCCAUUUUCUCUUGUUAUUUGUGGCCCGUCAAAAAUCACUCAGAGUGGUUAUAAUACAUUCUAUUAUAUCACUUGGCCUCCUUUACAAAUUGGUGUAAAUAUUUUAAUACCUGCAUUGUUAAUGGUAAUCUGUAUUCUUGGUAUUUAUCAACAAAUACGAACUACAGGACAUGUCCGUCGAAAUCAAAAUCUUCAAAAUCAAAUGAUUCUUCUUAUGUUCACAAAAAUUAUCUUGUUUCUAAUAUGUACAUUGCCUUAUGGUGUUUAUCGUAUGGCAACAAUCAAUUCAGUCGAUCCAAAUAAAGCAGUAGCAUAUUCCGUAUUCAUAUUUAUCACAGCUAUAUUGACCAUACUAUUAAAUGCAAACUAUUCUUUAACAUUUUAUUUAAAUUGUCUGACAUCAUCUUUAUUUCGACAAACAUUAAUCAAAACUGUAAAAAAUUGUGUCCUACGUCGGAAUGUAGUUCAACCGUUUGUGAGUGGUACAGAACAAUAG